GAGAUCAACGGCUAUAAACCGCUUGGCCUUUCGUUGAAAAUGCGAUUUCGACGGUCACCAUACGCAUUUCACGAACAGUGGAAAAAGCAGAUCUCUCUCUCUCUCUUUCUCUCUCUCUCCACUUUGCUCCUCGUCGAUCGAUAGCAUACUAAGUGGUUAGGAAUGGCUGAAACAAAAUCAGCUAUGAGGAAACCAGUGUUUACUAAGGUUGAUCAGUUGCGCCCUGGAACCAGUGGACAUAAUCUGACCGUGAAGGUUGUUAGUGCGAAUAUGGUAGUGCAGAAAGGCCGCCCAGAUGGCCCUCAAGUACGCCAAAUGAGGAUUGCUGAGUGCUUGAUUGGGGAUGAAACUGGGACAAUUUUGUUUACUGCAAGGAAUGACCAAGUUGACUUGAUGAAGCCUGAUUCCGCUGUAAUUCUUCGCAACGCAAAAAUUGACAUGUUCAAGGGCUCAAUGAGGCUUGCGGUGGACAAGUGGGGUCGUGUAGAAGUGACUGAACCAGCCAGCUUCACGGUUAAUGAGGAGAAUAAUCUGUCGUUGGUGGAAUACGAACUCGUUAAUGUGGUGGAAGAGUGACCCACGGAAAAUGGGGGUCACUGUGGCUACUCUCUGGCCAAAACAACUGAAUCAGGCAAGAAGUGGAAAAGUGAUAAUUAAGUUGUUUCCAGGUCAUCCUGUUUGCAUAUGAUGCCUGGGGAAGUUCUUGUUUAGGAAGAAAAAUCUUUAGGUCUACAACAAUAUCUGAUUGUCCCUUGGUGGGUUGUCAAGGCAGCUGGUGGGGGAAAGAAGAAAAAAGGGAAAAAGAAUCCUACCACGUGCUGUGAUCACAAUCAGAUGAGAUGAAAGAAAUAUGCUUUGGUAGCUUGUUUAUGUUAAGAUAAAGACAUGGAUUUCUACUUCUGUUAUGGAUGUUACAUACUACUACAUGAGUAUUGUGCAAAUGCAGUUGAAGUGUUCUAUUCCUCGCC